GCUCCAGCUGCAGCCCUCAGGUCUCCACUCCUGCUGUCCCAUCCUGGGGAGAAGAGGCCAAGCCAGUUGGGUCAGUGAUGCUGGUUUGAGGCCCGUACUGUGGAUGGCGUGGCGGAUGUGCGUGCAAGAGCUGGAGGAUCGCCUUCAAUGCCCCAUCUGCCUCGAGGUCUUCAAGGAGCCCCUAAUGCUGCAGUGCGGCCACUCCUACUGCAAAGGCUGCCUGGUGUCCCUGUCUCGCCACCUGGACUACGAGCUGCUGCGCUGCCCCGUGUGCCGGCAGGAGGUAGAUGGCAGCAGCUCCCCGCCCAACGUCUCCCUGGCGCGGGUGAUCGAAGCCCUGCGGCUCCCCGCGGAUCCAGAGCCCAAAGUCUGCGCGCAGCACCGGAACCCACUCAGCCUCUUCUGCGAGAAGGACCAGGAGCUCAUCUGCGGCCUCUGCGGCCUGUUGGGCUCCCACCAGCACCACCGGGUCACGCCCGUCUCCACUGUCUACAGCCGUAUGAAGGAGGAUCUCGCGGGCCUCAUCUCUGACCUGCAGCAGGAGCAGAAGAAGGUGGAUGAGCACAUUGCCAAGCUGGUGAACAACAGGACCCGGAUUGUCAAUGAGUCCGACGUCUUCAGCUGGGUGAUCCGCCAUGAGUUCCAGGAGCUGCACCACCUGGUAGACGAGGAGAAGGCCCGCUGCCUGGAGGGGCUGGAGGGGCACACCCGCGGCCUCAUGGCCUCCCUGGACAUGCAGGUGGAGCAGGCCCGGGGCACGCGGGAGCGGCUGGUCCAAGCUGAGCAUGUGCUGGAGCAGUUUGGUAAUGAGAGUCACUACGAGUUUAUCCGGAAGUACCACUCCAUGGCCUCCAGAACUGAGCUCCAGCAGGCCCGGCCCUUGGAAGGCGUGUUCAGUCCCAUCUCCUUCAAACCAGGCCUCCACCAGGCCGACAUCAAGCUGACCGUAUGGAAAAGGCUCUUCCGCAAGGUUCUACCAGCUCCAGAGCCUCUCAAGCUGGACCCCGCCACUGCCCACCCCCUCCUUGAGCUCUCCAAGGGCAACACGGUGGUGCAGUGCGGGCUCCUGGCCCAACGAUGUGCCAGCCAGCCUGAGCGCUUCGACUAUAGCACUUGUGUCCUGGCCAGCCGGGGCUUCUCCUGUGGCCGCCACUACUGGGAGGUGGUGGUGGGCAGCAAGAGCGACUGGCGCCUGGGGGUCAUCAAGGGCACAGCCAGUCGCAAGGGCAAGCUGAACAAGUCCCCAGAGCAUGGCGUGUGGCUCAUCGGCCUGAAGGAGGGCCGGGUGUACGAGGCCUUUGGCUGCCCAAGGGUGCCCCUGCCUGUGGCUGGCCACCCCCACCGCAUUGGUGUCUAUUUGCACUACGAGCAGGGAGAGCUCACCUUCUUUGAUGCUGACCGCCCGGAUGACCUACGGCCACUCUACACAUUCCAGGCUGACUUCCAGGGCAAGCUCUACCCCAUCCUGGACACAUGCUGGCACGAAAGGGGCAGCAACUCACUGCCCAUGGUGCUGCCCCCACCCAGCGGGCCUGGCCACCUCACCCCCCCACAGCCCACCAAGCUGUAGGGGUACUCAUGGGGCGGCCUGCCCACAGGGCUUCCCCACUGGGCAUAGGCAUUUGAGGGGUUCUGCUGGGUCCAGCAAGCAGAGGUGACGUCUUUACUGUUUAGAAAGGUCUUCAUGCCUGUGUGUCCCUAGAAACCCUAGAAACAUUUAAAGACGGGGAGAAAAAGACCACAGUCCCUUUCUUCCCUGUUAGCCAGGGGUAUGUUUUUUAACCUAUUGUCAAGUUAUUAACCUGCUUCUUAACCAGCAGAGCUAGGCCUCAGUGUCCAUGGGUCAAACUGGGCUUCCCUUAGUCCCUCCUGACCAUGCUCUCUGCUUACUCUUCCAACUGACGGUGGAAAUGUUCCUCAUGUAAUUUUCCCUUAUC